AUGGCUGACUCAGAGUUUGAAGAAAUGUUAUUGGAAUUGGAAUUGGAGUCGGAAAUACUUGCAUUAAAGUUGGAUGACAUUUUGAAGUUAGCACAAAAUAUAAAAGUAGAUGAAUCUAAUGUUCAAGGUAAGAGUAGAUUUAUGAUUCUAAAGGCUAUUCGGGAAGCUAUAGAAGAGGCAGUGGGAAAGCUAACUGAGAAAACAGAAUGUGUGAAAUAUAUAGAAAGUAUUAAAGUAUUUCUUGGUCCACCCCCGCUCGGAGAGCCGGACGAUCAAGGGGAAGGAACCCGGAAAGAAGCGGAAGUUUUAGAAGUGGGACCCUGGGAAAAAUCAGAAGUUGUAGAAUUGGAAGAGAAGAUACAGGAAUUGUUGAGUAAACUAAAAGAAAUCAAACAAAAGGCUCAAGAGAAAAAUGGAACAGGUGUUAGUAAGAAAGGUUCUGUUCAACCAGAAAAUGUUAUAAAAGUACCAUUGGCAAAUCUUGAAAAGAGUCUGCUACACCGAGAUUUUAAGAUGCAAAGUGCAGUUGGGGAACCCGGGCAGAAAGAUAAGUUGGGGUAUCAAUCAUUAGUUUUCCAAAUUGAAGCGGGUGUUAGAAAACAAUACUCUGAACUAGAAAUUGUUAAAGCGGUAGUUCGAGCAGUCUUACCAGGACUUCAGUUAAGGAGUUAUUUGGAAAGCGUUACGGACCUAACAUUAUUUAUUUAUUUAUUUAUUAUUUAUUUAUUUAUUGAAUUUGUCACCAUACAAAAAAAAGAUUACAUUGACGAAGAUAAAUAUGUGACAGGAGAACGGAACAGCCCUUACAAUAUACACAAUAUACUAUUUGUCUUUACUCAACAAUAUAUACGUUAUACUUUUGUAUACAUUUAUAUACAUAUACACAUAUUUGGAAACGACUAACAUGACAAAAAGAAGUUCAGGAAUGACUAUAUUUAGCCGGAACAACCAGGAGGACUGUAUGUUGAUAACUUUGUAAUGUACAAGUUAAUUAGGGUAGACUUGAAUGCAGGUAACGAGUUAAUAAUAACAUUUAAUAUCCAUCUUAGGUUAAAAAAGUACAAUGGAUUUACAAGAAGUGCUAAGGUUAAAAUUGAUAAGAAGAAAUUUUACUAUUAUUUACAUCAAUGUUGCUAA